GCGCAUCCCUGCUCUCGCUCCUGGAGCUCGGCAGAGUCUCCCUGGGGCGCUGCCGCGAGGGAGCUACAGGCUCACCAAAACCGGGACCGCCGCGAAAACCAGGGCAGGGUCCGCUUCGGUGACACCAUGAAUGGCUCGGGCAACCUGGGGGCCGAGGACACGAGCCAGGAAGUCAGCGGCGGCGGCUGGCAGCCCGAGGCGGUCCUCGUGCCCCUGCUUUUCGCGCUCAUCUUCCUCGUGGGCACCGUGGGCAACGCGCUGGUGCUGGCUGUGCUGCUGCGCGGGGGCCAGGCGGUCAGCACCACCAACCUGUUCAUCCUCAACCUGGGCGUGGCCGACCUGUGCUUCAUCCUGUGCUGCGUGCCUUUCCAGGCCACCAUCUACACCCUGGACGGCUGGGUGUUCGGCUCGCUGCUCUGCAAGGCCGUUCAUUUCCUCAUCUUCCUCACCAUGCACGCCAGCAGCUUCACACUGGCCGCGGUCUCCCUGGACAGGUAUCUGGCCAUCCGCUACCCGCUGCACUCCCGCGAGCUGCGCACACCUCGAAAUGCGCUGGCGGCCAUCGGGCUCAUCUGGGGGCUCGCACUGCUCUUCUCCGGGCCCUACUUGAGCUACUACCGUCAGUCACAGCUGGCCAACCUGACCGUGUGCCACCCAGCGUGGAGCGCGCCUCGACGCCGCGCCAUGGACCUCUGCACCUUCGUCUUCAGCUACCUGUUGCCUGUGCUCGUCCUCAGCCUGACCUACGCGCGUACCCUGCGCUACCUCUGGCGCACAGUCGACCCAGUGGCUGCAGGCUCGGGCUCCCAGCGCGCCAAACGCAAGGUGACACGCAUGAUCGUCAUCGUUGCCGCGCUCUUCUGCCUAUGUUGGAUGCCCCACCACGCGCUUAUCCUCUGCGUAUGGUUUGGUCGCUUCCCGCUUACGCGCGCCACUUACGCGCUGCGCAUCCUUUCACACCUAGUUUCUUAUGCCAACUCGUGUGUCAACCCCAUCGUUUACGCGCUGGUCUCUAAGCAUUUCCGUAAGGGUUUCCGCAAAAUCUGCGCAGGCCUGCUGUGUCGCGCCCCGAGGCGAGCCUCAGGCCGAGUGUGCGUUGUGGCGCCUGGCAACCAUAGUGGCAGUGUGCUGGAACGUGAGUCCACAGACCUGACACAUGUGAGCGAGGCAGGGGGGCCUCUUGUCGCAGCACCCGGACUUCCCAACAGCACAGCCUCGAGUAGAGCCCUCGAUCCUGUAGGUUAAAGGAUCAAAGGGCGUCUAAGGACAUCUUCACUGUGUCAAAGGGCGUCUAAGGACAUCUUCACAGUGUGGCCUGAGAACACCUUGGGGGUUAUGCUUGGAUGUUCGUGAGUUGCAGUCCAAGACUGAGAACUGUAGGGAAUGCUCUCUGAUAUUAAACUGCACAGCUUGCUAGUCAUGUGACAUAAGCCUUCAAUCCCAGCACUUGGGAAGUUGAAGGAGCAGGAGCAAAGCCAGCCUGGAGUUUGAGCCCCCCUUGAACUACACGAGAUACAGU